AUGAGAAAAAGCACGUCGAAAACACCACCUGGCGAAAAAAGGGUCAGCAAAAAGAAGAGAGACGCGCAGGAAUCGGAGACGGAAUAUGGAUCAAACAGUGAUGAAGACGAGAUAGGAUCGGACGUCGAAAAUACGCCAACGACGUCUGUCGUUGGAAUGCUCUUUGAGAGUGCAAAAAAGAUCGAAACGGUUAGAACAAAAUCUGGUAAUUUGAAAGGAACUUUCCAAAGUAUUCUUAAAACAGUGGAGAUAACGAUUAAAAAGGUAGGAUCUGAGCUUGCCUAUAGAACUAAUGAAAAAGAACCACAGAUAGAGAAAUUAAAGAAAGAAAAUAUGGAAAUGAAAACAUAUAUUAGAGAACUUGAACAUAGAAUAAAUACCCUAGAGAAAAGGACACCAAAGGAAAGAGAAAGUUACAAGUCGCCUAAUAGCGAUUCAAAACUCAUUCACAAAUCAAUCGAAGAAAGCAUGGAUAGGAAACUCGAAUCUUUCAAAAAAGAAAUAAUCGAAAUCCUAGCCAAAAGCUCACGACCUGAGAAAGACAUAAAAACGUACAAAACUUCUCCUGAGUUGAUAGUAAGUGAACAUGAAGAUAAUUUAAAUAUUCCUGCAAAAACUAAGGAAGUACAAUCAUGGGCGAAAGUGGUGAGUAAAAAAGGAAAGACGGCCGAAAGAAAACUCACUAGUCGACCCGAAAAAGGACACGAAACAACCAAGACAUCAAUGCGAACAAAUUCUGAAAAAAAGAAGAUUCCUCCGACGCUGAAAAACCCAAGAGGGACAGCAGCGGUAUACAUUGUACGAGAGGAGGGGUGCGUAAUUGAUAUGGCCCAAAUAAUGGCUACUGCGAAGGAGAAUAUUAACCUGCAAGAUAUUGGAAUUGAAAAUGUGAGGCCGAGAUCCUCUAUUAAUGGCGGGUUGAUUCUGGAGAUACCUAAGAAGGGCAUGGAUGCAAAUGCCGAAAUCCUCGCCGCAAGAAUGGCAGAUCUGCUAGCAGACAAAAAAGUUAGAGUCACUUGUCCAAAAAGAACGAGAGAAAUUUUAAUAACAGGCCUCGAUAUCUCCACUAAGGAACACGAGGUCAUAGAAGCAAUUAAGAAGGAAACGGAUGAAAAUCAAUCUAUUACCGUAGGACAAAUCAAAACGAAUACGCGAGGAAUUGGCUCGAUAUGGGCAAAAUGUAAGGAAGAAACGGCAUAUCAACUCUUAAAAAAAGGCAGAAUUACGAUUGGAUGGACGGAUGCGAAAGUGCUGGAGAUAGAAAAAAGACCGCUUCAGUGCUUCAAGUGCUGGCAGUACGGCCAUGUAAGAAACAAAUGCACUAGCAGUGAAGACCGUCGAGACUGGUGCUACAAGUGUGGCUAUGAGAAUCAUCCUGCCAGACUAUGUACCGCGGACAAGGCAAUCUGCAGACUGUGUCAAGACUUGGGCCUGGAUUUCCAGCACAGAAUGGGAUCAAGUACUUGCACAGUAAUGUUGAAGGCGAAGACAAGCCAAUCGAACGGUCCGAAAUUACCUGAAAAACGAAAAGGUGCUAAAGAAAAAGUUACUGAAAUACUUACCUCUAACCAUCAAGUUAUGCCGAACACUAGGAACGAUUGCUCGGAUAUAGAUGCAACUACCAGGGAGGAGGAACCUGAAAGAGAGAAGAUAAUUAAUUAA